AUGUGGUACUUGCUUCCUGUUGUUGUGGUUCUGCUUGUCACCAUUUGGACGCGACAGUCUCAUCUAAGUGCGGCAAUACCGUCGUCACCCCCACCAUUCAUGUCUCAGAAUCAUCACAUUGACGCCAUUACAAUCUGGACGGAGCAAAUCUGCCAAGUGUACAGCAUUAUGCUGAGCUCAACGACGGCUCUUGAAAGCCACCACCACAACCACCACCACAGCGUCGAGGUGCCGACUUUGUACGAAUACAUGGGGCUGGAGUAUGACGAUAUUAUGGAGAAGCAGGAUGAGGAGUCUAGGCAGGCCUCCAUCUUCUUUGCUAUGGAGGAGAAGCUCAGCGAGACGCGCCGUAUCCGGAAACGCGAUGUCGCCGUGGCAGGAGGACACCGGGACGAGUGGGCAGAGGACACCAUCUCUAUCACUAGCGGCGUAGCCAGCUGCCUCUUCAACCGCGAGUGUCGCAGCGUAUACCAUAAAAGGUUUCACCUGCGGCUCAGUCGGAUGUCCAAGGACACCCCCUCUAGGAAAGACGUCGCUAGUAGGAUGCAAGAGCUGAAGGCUACAUGUGAUUGGUAA